CGUACCACCCAUCACCGGAAGAGCCGUGCGUUUGCGCCGACUCUCCUAGCCAGCUAGCUAACGAAGCGAUCGGGCCGCCGUACAAACCAUAAUAAGACAAGAUGGCAGGGUUGCCCCGGAGGAUUAUUAAGGAAACGCAGCGUCUGCUGGCAGAGCCUGUACCGGGGAUCAAAGCCGAGCCCGAUGAAGGGAACGCUCGCUACUUCCACGUGGUCAUUGCGGGGCCCCAGGACUCGCCCUUCGAGGGAGGCACCUUCAAACUUGAACUCUUUUUGCCCGAGGAGUACCCCAUGGCGGCUCCCAAAGUGCGGUUCAUGACCAAAAUCUACCACCCCAACGUAGACAAGCUGGGAAGAAUAUGUCUAGACAUUUUAAAAGAUAAAUGGUCCCCAGCCCUGCAGAUCCGUACUGUGUUGCUGUCCAUCCAGGCUUUGCUCAGUGCUCCCAACCCAGAUGACCCACUCGCAAACGACGUGGCAGAGCAAUGGAAGAGCAACGAAGCCCAAGCCAUUGAAACAGCUCGAACAUGGACCAGGCUGUAUGCAGGAAACAACAUUGAAGUCUAAUAAAAGAAGAAAAAAAGAACACCCUGAAAAAGAAGAUUUGGAACGUGAGUGAAAAGCCGCUCUGGUUCUGCCAAGAUCCUACUCCUUCGUUCAUCGUUUGCAUUUAAAGGACACUGUUUCAGACAAAAUUGUAAAAAAUAAAAACCACACACACACAUAAAGUACAGAAUAUAUUCAGAGAGAAAAAUUACAACCACAACUUCUUAACAGACUACUGCAAGACCUUUUGGUUAUUUCAAGAGGUUGAUAGGGAGGCACUGGUUCCUCAUCCCACUCUCACGGCACCCGCCAAGGCUUUAUUAUGUACUGCUUGCCACACACACACACACACACACACACACACACACACACACACACACACACACACACACGGUUGUUUUCUCUGUAUCUCUCUGUGGACACGGCCCACCAUAGGUCAUCCCCAAAGCCUUGCUGUAAUGCACGCAACCAACAACUGUGUGGCGGAUUCCAAACUAUCAAACUUUAGCAUUAUCAUCCGGCAUCCCGAUCAAAUAACUUGAAUCACCAGGGGGGGGCGAUUAUGGGAGCAGUCAUUUGGGGGUGUCGCUGCUACAUUUGAGAGAAUGAAUAAAAAGAAAGAAGGAAAAAAGUUUGACCACUCUCUUAAAUUAAUGGCUGCUAGCGAACCGGACAGACUUGACUUCUGCUCAUCACAAAAUGGCUGAUAUUUGUCUGUAGCGCUUAACCCUUCAAGCUGCUCAGCCUGUUUAGGUGUUUGGAACCACGUUUGCAUAACUGGCAGCGUAGGUUAAAAACCCAGGGGGUGGGAACACUCAAAUUUGUUGCCUUUUUUGGCUCAUGGUUGACAACUACGGGUGGGAGAAAGGGUACACUGUUGAAAAAGUGAAGCAUGGAACCAACUUUUUAAAAAAAAUUAAGUUAACAUGCUGUCAGGAUUUUUUGAUGUUGCCGUAACUUAACGAUAUCAACUGUUCUUAGCGUACAUGACAUUGUGAAGUUAAAUGAAAGCAAAGAAAUAUCCAUGCAGCCACUAGCCUUAAUUUGUUUGGUUAGGUUUAAAGCUGCAUUUUUUUACAGUGUGGGGUUGGGUGGGAUGUUGCCGAUGAUGUACUUUUUUCCCUUUUUGUUUUAAUGUUUUUCCCCCUACCCUCUCCCUCUCUGUGAAGCCUUGGUUUCAUUUAUCCGCAUGCAGUUUAACCAGCGUAGACUUUCCAGCUAACAGACAAUGCUGUGUGCACAUGGGAAUGUUGAGAAUGAUGCUUGUCCUGUUUUUUUUUCUUCUUUUGUUUUCUUUUUUUAAAUAAUUAUUGUCCUUUUUAUUGGGGAUGAGAAAAAAGUUGACAUCAAACUCUCUUGUGUGUGUUGGGGGAGUGUAGCACACGAAAACACUAGCAUGUCAGUUACAUGCUGAUAUCCUCAUAGACUUGUGUGGCUUCUGUACGGCUUUGUCUGGGAAAAGAAUGAACUGUAAAUGUUAUGUUUUAGUAAAAUAUUUUUUUGUUAUGCUA